CAAGCGUCCAUGCUCACGCCAACUCCAUUGGCGGACCCAGCAUAGGCCUUACACUUCUGCUCAUCCUCUCGAAACUCCUCCAUUCGCGCGAUAGACCCUUGAAUUGAUACUACCUGCAUCAAGUGCGACUGAAAUGGACGGUCGGAGUCAUUCUCAGAGGGAGCAAACACGUCGCGGCUUCUCCAUUAGUCAUCAAAAGGUCGUUUUGGAGAUAGACUUUACGGGAUGCCUAUGGGGAUAUACGGAGAUCACCAUUGUGCCUACGAGCAAGGACCUGAAGACUAUCAACCUUCACUCGAGACAGUGCACUAUCCAAGACGUCACAGUCGCGAACUUGAAGGCCGAUUUCAUCCACCAUGAUCCUCUCGCCAAUCUAUCAGUCGGAAACCCAGGCGAACCGCUGGACUGUCACAGACACCCGGAAUUGAAGCGAAAACUUUACUCCGCUCUCCAAGAAAGUGAAGAGGGAGAACUUUCCAUUGCCGUUCCAUUGGAGGUAGCCUUGAAGUAUUCGGGCUCUUCGUUAGUCCAGGUCCAUAACGACUUGGCUACCCCGGAGCCGUCGACGUCCGGACCAUCCCAGACAGUACAAGAAUUCGCUCCUAUAUCCAUCAAGAUUUGGUAUAGUCUCCGGAACCCGGUCGAUGGGUUCGAGUUUGUGGUUCCUACCGAAUCGUAUCCCUAUCGUGUCCCUCACGCUUAUACGACUCCGUCAUCUCCCGAUGCAGCCCGUUGCUGGGUUCCAUGCAUCGACAGUCCGUGGGAGAAAUGUACAUGGGAGUUUGAAUUCGUGGUGCCCCGAUAUCUGGAAGAUGUGUCUCUUGAAGACGGAGAGUCCACGGAUGCCAAUCCGACAUUGGUUGUUUGCAGUGGGGAGUUGGUCGAGCAGGUCGCCCAUCCGUACAACUCCCACAAGACUAUCUUCUUGUUCUCGCAAGCCGCUCUAACAUCUGUGCAACAUAUCGCAUUCGCUGCCGGUCCCUUCCACAUGUAUUCCAUUCCCGUGAAUCAAAUCGCCGAGGAUGGAACAUCUACUCAACCGCCUAUACAUGCAUUUUGCCUUCCGGGACACGAGAGCAUGUUGACCACGUCGACAUCCACAUUGCGCACCGCCAUGAGCUUCUACACGACUGAAUUUGGAUCUUACCCCUUCGGCUCGUACAAGCUCGUGUUCGUGGACGAACUUCCGACGCAGAGAUUUGACAGCUCGACGUUCACAUUGCUGACCGUGGACCUGUUGCACGGAGAAGAUGCCAUCGAACAAUGCCUGGAAACUCGUCAUGCGCUGGCUCAUGCACUUGCAUGUCAGUGGAUGGGCGUUAACAUUCAACCGAAGGUGUUCUCCGACACAUGGUUGGUGAACGGGUUAUCGUUAUACAUCACCGGCCUCUUCAUGAAGAAGCUACUGGGCAACAACGAAUACCGAUUCCGGCUGAAGAAAGAUAUGCAACGGGUUGUGGAGCGUGAUACUGGCCGGGAAGCACCACUCUGCCAGCCGACACGUCUGGAGCCGCCUGACGGGUCGGAAAUCGCAUUUGUGAAUCUCAAGGCGCCGUUGGUACUGCACAUCCUCGAUCGAAAGCUGGGCAAAAGUGGCACCUCGCUCGGUCUUUCGCGUGUGCUGCCGAAAAUCUUCCUCUCUGCUCUCGGCGCCGAAAUUAACACGAUAUCGACGCACAUGUUCCUCCGGACGUGCCGGAAAGUGAGCGGGGUGGAUCUGCGGAUGUUCGCUGAGCAGUGGAUCUAUGGCAGCGGAUGCCCGAUGUUCUGGUUCAAUGCGAGCUUCAACAGGAAGAAGAUGGCUGUUGAAAUAACGAUGCGGCAAGAAUGUGCUGCUUUCAAGGCACUCGAGGGCAACGAUCAUGCCAAUGUGAUGCUCAAGCCCGUAGCCUGCUUCGAGGGGCAAAUGACCGUUCGGAUUCACGAGGCUGAUGGAACACCUUACGAACAUGUGCUGGAUAUCCAGUCCCCGUUCAAGCGCUACGAAGUGCCAUUCAACACAAAAUACAAGCGUGUCCGUCGGAACACCAAGCGGUAUCUCGCUCGCCAGGCUGCAGCACAGGCUGCAGCCGAAGGUGACACGGAAGCCGCUGAGGCAAUGGGCAUGGUGGACAUGGGUUUCGGGCUGGAAGUCUGGGAAAAGGAGAGCGAGCGCAACAAUUGGAAGGUCGAAGAUUGGACUGAAGAGGAAGAGAAUGCCAUGAGCGGCGCCACUUACGAGUGGAUCCGGAUGGACGCGGACUUUGAGUGGAUUGCGGAUAUCAAGUUCGAACAGCCGGAUUUCAUGUGGGUGUCACAGUUGCAGCGCGAUAGAGAUGUUGUUGCCCAGCUGGAGGCACUCCACGCAUUGGCGCAACAGCCUACGGCCAUCGUGUCGAGUACUUUGACAAAGACGGUUCUCGUGUCCAAUUACUACUUCAGGAUACGAUGUGAGGCUGCCUUAGCUCUGGUCAACUGCUCGACACAUAAGCUCAAGUACCUUGGCUUAUUCCAUCUAUUCAAGCUUUUCCUCAGACAUUGUUAUGAACCCGAAGAUCCGAACCAAGACCUUUUCGCCCAUACUUAUGUUCCCAAGCCCAAUGAUUUCUCUGACCUUCCGGAGUAUUUUGUUCGCAAGAGUCUCAUCCUCGCUAUAUCCCGUAUUCGCUUUGAAAAUGGCAAAUCGCCAUCUGUUGUCCGCAAAUUUCUCAUUGAUCAACUCAAAUAUAACGACAAUACCUCCAAUAUUUACUCUGACGGAUUCUACAUCUGCAUGAUAAUAUCUGCCGCCGCUUAUUCUGCGGUGUCCACGGCUUCUCCUGAACGAGGAGAGCUGCUUCCCUCGGAAGUACGCACCGAGUACAAUGAAGAAGAUGCCGACCUGUUGCAGCAGAGUAUUGGAGAGGUGGAUCGGUAUAGGUCGAUGGAUCGUUUGAUUCCGUCCACACACAACGUUGUCACCGUCGCAGCACUCGAGUUUUACCUCGUGCUGAUGGUGGCAAAUUUGAUCCCAAGCUCCCCACUCCACUUCCUGCCCUUGACUCGAGAAGGCAACCAAACGCAAGUGCGAAUCGCUGCAUUUGACGGAUUUUUCAUGACCAAAUGGUUUUCGCCACCGAUCAUGAACUACGUGAUGGCUGUCAUGGCCGGCGAUCCCUGCCGUGUUAUUCGACGGCACGUGGCUCGUGCUGCCUGCCAGAGCUUAACGUUGCUCUUCCAGAUGGGAGAGAUGAAGGUGAACGGCAAGGAUAACGAAAGCCUGUUGAUCGAGGAGGAUGGAUCAGUGCAGGAGAAGAGCAAAGAGACGAGGAAGAGUGAGAUGGACGCCAUGAUCAAGGCCUUGAGAAAGGAUAAGGAGGUCGGCAAAAACGAAGUGCUGCGAGACUUGUUGAUGCCGCUGGCUCUGUAUGUCGCCAAUGUGCAUCACCGUUCUCCAAGCAUUUACUCACGGUUUCAUUCGCAGUGCGCCCGAGGUCGAUCAUGACGUCCGAUUGUGUCUAUUAAAGCUGGCGGAUCUCCUUAUCAAGCCAGUUGAGGAGACUGCUCCGUCUGUCAAGAUUCAUAUCUCUGCCAGUACCCCAGUGGCCGAGAAAGCACCCGAGCUUCCUGUCCCAGCUAAAGCUCGACCAUUGAAGAUCAACGGACCCGCCACUGCCGCAAGCCCAGGUCCGGUCAUGGCUUCAACGCCUGUUCCUCCCAGGCUGAAACUCCGUCCUGCGACACCACGGGAGUCGACCCCCAGCACCUCCACAGGGAGCGUCGAGCCUGCAGCUCGUGUGACACCACCGGUGAGGCCGCCAUUGGUCAGGGCACCCGUUCCAGCUCGGCCAGCACCGGCAGCUCGAUCAGCGAACGCAACCAGGCCAGCAACUGCGACCCGGCCAACUCCAGCGGCCAGGACUGCACCACCGGCGAGAGGCCCGUCGCAAUCUCGGCCAGUUCCACCUCCAACGACAGCCUCAUCUCGGGCAGUUUCAUUUGCGGUACCAGCUGUGCCACUGAAGUCGAAGGCAACCGCAGCAGUCCCCCUCGCCAAGGCCAAGGUCAAACCGUCACAUCCUGCUCCUCAGCCCGUUCAAGAUGUGAAACCGGCAAAACUUCUCAAGGCCCAGGCUGCGGGGAUGUCACUGAUGGAUCUCCGGGCAUCCCGGAAUGUGUUGAAGAAGUUGCAGAACAACAAGCAUGCUAAGAUUUUCUUGCAUCCUGUGGAUCCAAUACGGGAUAACGCGCCCAACUACUUCAACGUCAUCAAGAAUCCUAUCGACCUUGGCACGAUGUCGCACAAGCUCGACUCGGGGAUGUACCGAGAUCGCUUUGCGUUCCAGGCUGAUUUCCGGCUGAUGAUGGCCAACGCGAAAAAGUACAAUCCGGUGGGAACGUUCGCGCACAAUGAGAUGCUGGCGCUCGAGACCUUCUUCGAAAAGCAAUGGAGUAUGAUGACGAAGACGCUCGAGAACAAGGUCGCUGCUGAUGCGGAACGAGCGAUCGCUCAACCUCCCCCUCCUCUUUCGACAGCCCCGGUCCCAGUCCGCCCCAAACCAGCAGCUGCCUCAGCCGCACGGUCAGCUCGGGAAGCAACGUCUUCGUCGUCGUCGUCCUCUCAGCCGACAAUCAAGCUAAAGCCUCCACAAGCCGAGUCCAAGCCUAAUGUUAAGCCGCCUCGGAAGAAGUCUCGAACGGAAGUGUCGCCAGCCGUGGAGCAGCCUCCGCCGCCGUACGUCGACGACGGAUCGCACGACAUCUUGCAAGAGGUUCUUGCUCUCGAACGCGAGCAGGAGGACAAGGACAAGAAGCAUCGGGUCAACGGGAAACGGAAACAGCCGAUUACACCAGCAGAAGACCCGGAUGGCGAUCUGUUGGCGUUGGUGACCAAGCCGAAGCCAGGGCCCACUCGGCCAGCACGUGCGGCGGAACCUUCGUCGUCAUCCUCAUCUUCAGCAGCACCACCAGCACCACCAGCACCGAUACCCAAGAUCGUACUCAAGACGGCUGCGGCGGCACCGUCGCGUUCAUCAUCGGUGGAUGUGCCUCGGGCAUCUGUCAAAGGCAAGGAGAAGGAGGUGGUGCGGAUUAAGAAAGAGCGGCCUGCUGAGUCGGGCAUUCCCGUCGAUGAGAAGAAGAUCAAGCAGUUGUUGAACAUGCUCAUGAAGCUGCCAGAGGCUGGUAUCUUCUUACGUCCAGUGAAUCCAGAGCUGGACGGGUGUCCGACAUACUAUCAAGAGAUCCGACAUCCGAUGGACCUAGGCACAAUAUCGAGCAAGCUCUCCGCGCACCAAUACGCGACGAUGGAGCAGGUGAAAGACGACCUCGACCUGAUGGUGCGCAACUGCCGCAAGUUCAACCCGCCGGCGACGUUCCCCGUGAACUGCGCGGAUGUGAUCGAGAAGGCCUACAAGAAAGAGUGGCCGAAGCUCACUGAGCGGAAGCUCUCGCUGACGGAGAAACGUGGGAUGCAAGGACUGUUGAACACUUUGGUCAAGGAGGACAUCUCCUGGCUGUUCCGCGAACCCGUCGACCCAGUCCUGCUGCAGAUUCCGACCUACUUCGAUGUCGUCAAGAACCCACGCGAUCUACGAACUAUCCGAGCGAACCUGAACGCGGACAAAUACGACUCGCUGGAUGCGUUCGAUGCGGACAUGCAGCUGAUGGUCAACAACUCGACUCUGUUCAACGGGCUGGAGUCGGAGGUCGGGCUCAUGGCCAUCAGCUUGCGGAACCGGUAUCUCGAGUUGGUGGCUGCGUGGCGAGCGAGUCUUGGUGCCGCUACGAAUGGCAGCAGCGGCGGCAAGAAGCGUAAGGACGAGGAGCGGGGCAGUGCCCAGCCGUCGAAGAAGAUGCGCACAGCCUGAAUUGGAUAGGACUUAGUGUAUCAUGUGUAGUAAUAGCUGUAUCAUACGCGUCCCAACAGGUGUACCAGUUUUAUCAUGUUGCAUCCAAUGGCAAGCGCGCGUAGUAUGCGUAGAUAUCUAGAUGUAGAUGAAAUGAGGACACGGUCAGGGCAAAAGUAAGGAGAAAAACGACACGAGCAGGACUUGAACCUGCGCUCGGAGACCGAAACAGAUAAGAGGAAAUUC